AACGAAACAUCGGUCGUGGCUUGGAGAUGACGGCCCCACGUGGCCAUGGCGUCCAGGGCAUGUUGCAGCUAUCGGACGUGGCUGUUCCUUUCAGUGCUGCUGCUGACGCUGGCACGGCUCUUUGGGGUUUGGGAGAGCUUGCUACAAGGUCUGCUGCUGCUCAUAGGAGUCAGACUGGAAGAGGUACCAGAGUUACCAGAGUUACCAGACUUGAAGAGCUUCGCUUCCUUCCACCUUGGAGGUGGAGGUGGAACGUCUGCGCAGAACGGGCUGGCGGCCUUUACCUUCCAAUUCCAGACCUGCGGGGACUGGACAGCACAACGGUUGCAGUUGGUGUUGGGCAUGACAACGGCAGUAGUUUGGGGAGCUCAAGUGAUCAUUCCAGACAGUCAGCCCGCUCAGACAGCAAAUUUCUUGGAUUUCGCUCCCGGUGAUGGCUGGGAUCGCAGGAAUUUGUUCACAUCCCUGUACAGUUUUCAAGACCAGGAGGAACACUUGCGGAAAGUUUUUAAAGACUACUGGUGCAGACCGCAACAACGCUCGAGUCCUGCAGCAGAUCUCUGGUGUUCGCAGGAUGGCCUGCCGAGUAUUCUCAAUCGAUCUACUGCACAGAAACUUCUUAGAGAGACCCUGACCCCACAAACCGUUCGCCAAUGCGAAGAUACGGCUCCACUGGGAGCUGCAAGCAAGGCCUUUGGCGCUCAAACAUGGAGUUAUUGGACCCACUCAGAUGGAUCCAAUGUCAUGAAACCAUUGAACAUCGAAAUGGUGAAAUGCGACUGCACCUUCGCGAACGUUGAGGCGCUGGAGCUGUCGGAUCAGGAUUUGGAAAUCUUUUGGAAGGUGGAUGCGACCCUGAAAUUUGCGGAUCACAUCCUGGAUGCGGUGCAGCAACUGAAAAGCGGCCUCCAAAAGUACAAUGUGACUGCGCGGGAAAACGCUGAACGCCUGGGAUACCAAAGGCCCCACAGCCUCGGCUCUCCGCGUUUUCACGUCCUGCAACUGCUCCGGCACGACCCCUGCGAUGAGGAGGAAGCCAUGCGCAGGGACAACUGCAUGAACAAUACCAUGGAAGUGGGUAAUCUGAUGUUGGCGGAAGGUGUUGACCCCACUCUUCCGGUCUACCUGAUGGGCGCCGAAACGAGCGGCGCCGAUCUCCUCGUGGCGCCUGAGCAUGCGCGAGCCAUGGAGAGCUUGAAGAAGAUCUAUACCUUGGUCAGCAAGGAGAUGAUCUGGGACGCCUCGGCGUUGACCUCGGCGGCCUUGGUGGCGGUGGACUUCGUCCUGGCCUCCGAAGCGGAGUUUUUCGUGGGGAAUUCCAUCCCAGACAUCUCGGGGUACCUCAUCAUGCUGCGAGAUGCAAGGCGUGACGCGUCGAAGACUCUCCACUACAAUGGCGGCAGUGUGCCGCUGGCCGACCGCUUGGGGGUUAGCAAUCAGAGCAGUUUGCAGGACACCACCUUCCGUUUGCCCAUCAAAUGGAUCUUCUCGCUGGGCGUCACCGCGGAGUACGCCCUGGCGCACACGAGCGGGGCGCUGGCGGUUGCGACGGACUUCAACGAGCUGCGCCGGACGCAGAUCGCCCUCCGAAGUGCCUUAGCCUAUGCCCCCAGCAUCUUGCCCAUCUGCAUGACCACUGCAGCGAUCGGCUCCCCCUUGGCCAAGUGGCUGCUGCAGAACGGGGCGCGGGUGAUUUAUCACAGCCCAGCCUGGAGCUCCGAAGCCCUGCAGGGCUGGAAGGACUUCGGCUGCGAGGGCGGCGCCGCGGCCACCGCGGCCAAGACCAACACGGCACUCAGCGAGGUGCUGCGCAUGGACGCAGUGGCCCUGGGAUUGCCGGACGAAUUUCUGCUCUUGACUGGGAACACCAUGAUUUUCACCAAAGAUGUGACAUGGACGGGUCUCCUGGGAGAAAGUAAGCAGUCAAAACUCAGGAUGAAAAAGAACGACUUCGCACAUGGCAAAUUCAACUUCGCCAAGAGUCGGGAGACAGGCGUUCCGCGGUAUUUUGCCAUGUCGUGUGGUGUACGACAGUCGCUCGAACCCACGGAUGCUUCGGUGAUGUUGAUCAAUCGUCGCGUCAUGCGAGACACCUAUCCAAGAUUCGUGCGCUAUGUGUUGUCCAAGUUGAAACAGUCGUGCCAUCCAAAUCUCGCUGAGUUUUAUCGCAAAUUCUACAGGGAGAAGGACAAAGAUUCCUUAGCCAACUUUCUACCGUCAAUCUACAAUUGGCGACCUUUCUGGGCUCCGAACCCUUCGGUGGCCAUCAACAACUUCGAGGGCUUCGACUGUCGAGGCACAGGCGGUGCGCCACGCUUGACGUCCACGCUAGUGGGCAACAUCACCGAGUGCACCAUGAUGGGUUCCUGCGAUAUGCUCUGCGACCUGGUGCACGACCUCACGCGGAGCUGAUACGAAAAAAAUCCACCCGUUGAGUGGGCGUUGAGCCGGUUAUCGUUGGG